UUAGAAGAACUUCUGUAUAUUUUUGGAGCUCUGGUAAUGAGUAGUGCUUUCUUUCUUUCUUUCUUUCUUUGCUUAGGGUUUCUGAAACAGGAUCCAACAAUCAACCUCUUAGUGAUAAUCAACAAACAAAUUGUGAAUAUUUUGUUAAUAGCCUUUUUGAGGAAGCCCAGAAGGUUGGUGCCAAAUGCUUGUCCCCUACUGAACAGAAGAAAGAGGGAGUUACCUUCAGAACUACAAGGAAUUUUUGAUAAAGAAGAGGUGGAUGUUAAAGUUGAAGAUAAAAAAAGUGAACUUUGUGUGUCUACAAAGCCUGUGUUCCAACCCUUCUCAGGACAGGGUCACAGACUGGGAAGUGCCACACCAAAAAUUGUUUCUAAAGCAAAGAGUAUUGAAGUUGAAAAUAAAAAUAAUUUGUCUACUGUUUCACUGAACAACUUGGAGCCCAUCACUAAUAUACAGAUCUGGUUAGCCAAUGGGAAAAGGAUUGUCCAGAAAUUCAAUACAUCUCAUAGGGUAAGCCACAUCAAAGACUUCAUUGAAAAAUACCAAGGAUCUCAAAGAAGUUCUCCCUUUUCCCUGGCAACGGCUCUUCCUGUCCUCAAAUUGCUAGAUGAGACACUCACAGUGGAAGAAGCAGAUUUACAGAAUGCUGUGAUUAUUCAGAGACUCAAAAAAACUGCCGAACCUCUCAGAGAAUUUUCAUAGAACUGAUUUUUAAGAGACUAAGUAGAAAUUUUGCAGAGAAAUGACGGUUGUAAGUGGACAUGCAAAAAUGGGAGAGAGGACACAUCAGAUUCACGUGACUUUUGGUGUGAGUGCUAUUUAACCCUCUUCUGAGGAAAAGAGUUUUGAAUAAUUUUAAGUUAAGGAAGUAACAUGACUAGAAGCUAUAUUUAAUGUACUUUUUCCAGAAGGCUACUCAAAAA